AUGUCGGCCUCGGCGGCGAAAGUGAGGAGAAAGGAGCUGAACUCGAACCCCGACGGAGCGGACGACCCCGCCGAGAGAGGGCGUAAGGAAGUUCUCGAACACAUCGAGGAAGUUCAGCGGGAACUGGAUAGGCUGGGGGAGCAGGCCACCGAGGAGAUCUUAAAAGUAGAGCAGAAGUACAGUAAACCUCGUCGGCCGUUCUUUGAGAUGAGGUCAAAACUGAUCCUCAAAAUCCCCAACUUCUGGGUCGCCACGUUCGUCAACCACCCACAGGUGUCCGCCCGGCUGGGCGAGGAAGACGAGGAGGCGCUUCAGUACCUGAGGCGAGUGGACGUGUCGGACUUUGAAGACGUCGAGUCAGGCGACAGAAUAGAUUUUCAUUUUGACGAAAACCCGUACUUCGAAAACCAAGUGCUUUCCAAGGAGUUUCGUCUGAGCGAGAGCGGAGACCCAUGUUCAAAGUCGACGGAGGUCAAAUGGAAACCGGGGAAGGAUCUGACCAAGCGCUCCGACCAGACGCGAAACAACGUGGGGGGGAAGAGGCGACAGGAAGAACCGGAGAGCUUCUUCGCCUGGUUCACUGACCGCGCUGAUGCCGGGGUUGAUGAGCUGGCGGAAGCCAUUAAGGAUGACAUCUGGCCAAACCCCCUGCCCUACUUCUUGGUUCCUGACACGGAUGAUGAAGAGGGCGAAGGCGAGGAGGAUGGUGAAGACGAAGAAGGCCCGGAGGACAUAAGUGAGGAAGGUGGAGAAGAAGGUGAGGAAGGCGGAGAAGAAGAUGAGGAGGAGGACGGAGAGGACGACGAUGGAGAAGAUGACUAA